AACGAGUUAUCAUAACUUUGAGUCGUGCCGUUUAAUGUUUACACCGUAUUCAGUUUAUUGACGCUAAAAGUAAAAUAUAUCAAAUAUUGCGCCCGAGUACGAUUCUGAAGUUUUUAUUUUUGAAACAAAUUAUUUCUAAAAACUAAAAUGUAUAAAGUUCCUCAAAAAGUACAGAAGGUAAUGGUACAGCCCAUUAACCUUAUUUUCCGACAUUUGCAAAAUCGUGCUAAAGUUCAAGUAUGGCUCCAGGAAAAAAUUCAUUUAAGGAUUGAAGGACAUAUUGUGGGUUUUGAUGAAUAUAUGAAUCUAGUCUUGGAUGAAGCUUGUGAAGUUAACACUAAGGUUGACUCAAGGAAACCAGUUGGUCGCAUAUUGUUGAAAGGAGAAAAUAUUACAUUAAUUCAAAAUAUGACUCCAUCCAUAGGAUAAAAUCAAGAACUGUCUGAAUAAAAAAUAUAUACUUCAAUAUAUCCUUUGUAAUAUAAAUUCAUAAUAAAAUAUCUUAAUGCUUAAAACUCAAAC